AUGCUUCCCGAGGACUCAAUACGAAUUUUAGAUGCUAGGAAAGUAAUCAAGUCAGACCCGAAAAAUGCCGAAGCCCAGUUCAUGCAGAUAAUCUCACAGCCACCGUCAGUGACUUCUGACGCUGCGGUGCGGGAGUAUGAGACUGCUCUAAUCAGUCUCGGUCAGCUAUACAAGGAUCAGAACUCACCAAACCAGCUGGCAGAUUUGAUCAGCACGAGUCGGGCUGUGCUGUCUUCAUUCGCCAAAGCAAAGACAGCAAAGCUUGUUCGACAGCUUCUCGAUCUAUUUCACGGAAUUCCCAACAGUACUGACAUCCAAGUCACUGUCACGAAAUCAUGUAUUCAAUGGGCUACUUCUGAACGUCGCGGAUUUCUUCGUCAGAACCUCGAAGUUCGUUUGGUAAAACUCCACAUGAUUAAAGCAGCCUAUUACGAGGCUUUAAUUUUGAUUAACUCUUUACUCAAAGAACUCAAGCGACUGGAUGACAAGUUGGUACUAGUGGAGGUUCAGCUACUUGAAUCUCGUGUGUACCAUGUUUUAGGUAAUACAUCAAAGGGACGCGCGGCCCUAACUUCAGCUCGUACGUCGGCAGCUUCUAUCUAUACCCCGCCUUUGCUCCAAGCUGGGCUUGAUCUACAAUCAGGAAAGUUACACGCCGAAGAUAAGGAUUUCAGUACAGCUUUUUCAUAUUUCAUUGAAGCUAUGGAUGGAUACCAUUCCCAAGAUGAACCAGAAAAAGCAACUGCAGCGCUUCAAUACAUGCUCCUCUGUAAAAUAAUGCUUAAUCUAUCCGAAGAUGUAAAUCAGCUUAUGGCAUCCAAGCAAGCAGUCAAGUACGCUGGAAAAAAUCUUGAGGCUAUGAAAGCCGUCGCGAGGGCACAUUCAAAUCGAUCUCUCGAAGAAUAUGAAAAAGCACUUGGCGACUACCGCCAUGAACUUGGAUCUGAUUCCUUUAUUCGCAACCAUCUUCGUCGCCUCUACGAUGCAAUGUUGGAACAGAACUUAACCAAGGUUAUCGAGCCGUUUUCACGUGUUGAAAUCGCCCAUAUCGCUAAAAUGGUAGGCUUGGAUACUUUACAGGUCGAGCGAAAACUGAGUCAAAUGAUCCUCGACAAAGUAAUUAUAGGCGUACUAGAUCAGGGAGCUGGAUGCCUAAUUAUAUUUGAUGAAACUGAAAGGGACGAAGGCUAUGAUUCUGCAUUGGCAACAAUAGAGAAGCUGAGCAGCGUGGUAGACGUCCUAUACACUAAUCAGGCAUCCCAGCUAGAAUAG